UCUGCUGCAUCUUUGAAAACCCCCGUACAACCCCACAGCUUCCCUUCCUGGUAGGCACGGUCGCUCUCCUCCCCGUCCCCUUUCCCACCACCUCCUCCUCCCUCCGCGAGCGGCGCACGCUAGGACCGGAGCGCGCCAUUCGGGAGGUCGGGUCGCCGGAGCCGGAGAGGUGGGGGAGGGAUGGGUCAGGAGCUCAGCUGCGCCAGAUCGAGCCAGGAGCACGAGUUCUUCAGUGCCGUCCAAACCGGCGACUUGGAGGCUGUGGAGUCCGCCCUCCGCCGGGACCCCGACCUCCUCCACCAGACCACCAUCUACGAUCGCCUCUCUGCCCUCCACAUCGCCGCCGCCAAUGGUCGCGUCGAGGUUCUUUCUAUGUUGCUGGGUCGAUAUGUUAGCCCAAAUGUCCUAAACCGGAACAAACAGACUCCCCUGAUGCUGGCUACGAUACACGGGAAGAUUGCCUGCGUGCGAAAGCUUCUCCAAGCCGAGGCAAAUAUCUUGAUGUUUGAUUCGUUGCAUGGAAGAACAUGCUUGCAUUAUGCUGCAUAUUACGGCCACUCGAAUUGCUUGCAAGCGAUCCUGUCGGCAGCUCAAUCCACUUCUGUAGCUGAUUCUUGGGGAUUUGCUCGAUUUGUAAAUAUUAGAGAUGGGCAUGGGGCGACUCCUUUGCACCUGGCGGCGAGGCAGAAACGGCCAAAUUGCGUACAUAUUCUUUUAGACAGUGGUGCUCUUGUUUGUGCUUCGACUGGUGGGUAUAGUUGCCCAGGAAGCACUCCUCUACACCUGGCGGCCCGCGGGGGAUGCUUGGAUUGUGUCCGGGAAUUGCUUGCAUGGGGAGCUGAUCGGCUGCAAAGGGAUGCAUCUGGGAGAAUACCAUAUGCUGUUGCUGUAAAGCGAAACCAUGGAGCAUGUGCAGCCCUACUAGAUCCAACAUCUGCAGAGCCUCUGGUUUGGCCUUCGCCAUUAAAGUUCAUCAGUGAGUUGGAUCGAGAUGCAAAGUCUCUGUUAGAGGCGGCUUUGAUGGAAGCUAACAGGGAAAGGGAGAAAAAGAUCUUGAAGGGGACAGCAUAUUCCUUGCCAUCCCCUGCACAUUCAGAUGAUGGAAUUGAUGAUGAUAUCUCCGAGACAAGUGAGAGCGAGCUCUGCUGUAUCUGCUUCGACCAAAUCUGCACCAUCGAGGUCCAAGACUGUGGGCACCGGAUGUGCGCACACUGCACAUUGGCUCUAUGCUGUCAUAACAAGCCCAAUCCCACAACCUUGUGCCCACCAGCUCCAGCUUGCCCCUUCUGCCGCAGCAACAUAGCCCGGCUGGUGGUGGCCAAGGCCAAGGAUGAGGGAGACAAGGGCAGCUCAAAGCUAAGGCGGUCGAGGAGAUCUUGGAAUUUCAGCGAGGGAAGCAGCAGCUUCAAAGGCCUAUCUUCUGCUAUGGGAUCAUUCGGAAAGAUGGGCCGUGGUUCCGGACGGAUCGCCGAUAGUAAUGAUAUGGUGGACAAGCCUUAACACCCCCAAUACACGAAAGCUUAAUUAUUUUGGGGAACCCUGAUCAGAUCAUCUUGAAGCGGUCCUUUGCCUUUGCGUAGAUUCUCACAUUCUAGAAGGCAAAAGCAGAGACGUUCCUUUGCAGUUUCUGGCUUGGUUAUUGGGUACUUGUAGCAAGACUGAAUACUGUAGUGCUUUUGGCAAGUCUCCGGGAGGUUAUGUCUACUCUGCUGAUGAGAGAGAUCGUAGUUUGUAUUUUUUGAGAACUGAUGCCCAUGAUGGGAUCUCAGCUAGUGGUUGCAUUAUAAACCUCCAGAACCACCGAUUAGUUUUUCUUUGGAGGGUAGAGAAUUUGUAUUCCUGCCUGUCUACUUUUGCAACAUCAGAGAUAUAUGUAGGAAGUAUUCAUUUAAAAGACUUAUAAACUCUUUGGCUCA